AGUUCCCAAGGCAGAGGUCAUCAAGUUAAAUGCAAGUCAUAACUGUGAGGGUCACCUUUGAGACAGGGGUUCCUGGACUCCUCAAGCUCCUCACCUCCAGGAUGAGCACUGCCGUAUCGUGACCCUUGGGGUUUUGUGUGCCCUGGAGAUGCGAGAUUUUCCUUUGGCAGCAGGAGGCACACACCCAGAGGAUGCUGGAGCCGCAAGGGGACAGGACCCACUUCCACAGCGGAGAAAAACUAAGAGGAAAAAGGCGUGCAGGUGGCCAGCACUAAGGGGUGCACCCAGCAAACAGUCCGCUGCCGCUGCCCUCAGCAGCUGUUUCUGCUGCAGCCCGAGAGGAACUCGGUGA